UGUAUGUUCUGGCUGGCUGUGAGUAAAGCUGAGGGAUGCCUGUGGGGAAAAGUAGGAGCAGGUGAAGAUAUUUUAAAAAUGAGACCAGGCAAUGGGUUAAAAUCAGUCAUGUUUGUAACAUGUCUGUUAGUUUUCUUAGCAACUUUUAAAUAUGUAUUAUAAAAAUAUUCAUUUUUUAAAAAACUUAAUGUUGGGAGUCUAAAGGAAUCUAGCAGAAGAACGAGAUGGUUCUUUUUUAAAUAUAUCAAAGAACGAUAAUCAGGAAAAAACAAGAACAACACUGGAGAAUUCUCCCCUGGCCCUUUACUCUACAGGUGUACUAUUUAUAGGAUCCUGCAAUGGAAACUUGGUCAGUUGAUCAGGUCUGCCUUUGGCUGGUGGAGAAAAACUUAGGAGAGCUAGUGCCUAGGUUUCAAGAGGAAGAAGUAAGUGGGGCCGCUCUUCUAGCACUUAAUGAUCGGAUGGUUCAGCAACUGGUCAAGAAAAUUGGGCAUCAGGCUGUUCUGAUGGACUUAAUUAAAAGAUACAAGCAGAACAAUCAAGGACCAAGGUUUCCUGGAAGCCCCAGGGAGAUAAGCCUGAUCACACAAACAGAAGCAACCCCAGUGGAUAUACAGUCCUCCAGUCCAGCCAGUCAUGGGGAGCAGAUGCCAUCUUUCCAUCCAGCUGAAAACCUUGAUAAUGGACUAAUUGACCAAAGAGUAUUGAAACAGAGAAGAAAUAUGAAACAUGUUCUAGCAAGGAAUAAAGCAUUACAGUGGUCCAAAUCCUACAUUUUGCCAGAGUUUCCCUAUGAUGUCAAAUGCAUGUUAGCAGAGCAGAAAUGUCCAGAUCACAGCAUGAGGAUAAGGAUCAUUGAGUUUCUCCAGGCCGACAUGACUAAGUAUCUGGAAGGUUCACUGUAUCCCACCACACAGCAAUACAAUGAUGUGGUCAACGCCCUGCUGCAGGCCCACCCCUUCCUGGACGAGGAUGGCUGUGGCUUUUUUUUAUGGAAACGAGCCCUCAAAGAUCGUUUUAAAUAUGUCCGAAGACCCAUAGAAGAUGAUGAACAAGUAAUAAAAAAUAAGUGCAAAUUUGGACACCGAAGAGGCCAGACAAGGAAAUCUCUUGCUGAUAUAAGAUUUGAUGAAAUUAAAAUUGUCCAGAUAAAAGUAACAACUGUUCACAUUCUGGUCAGCUUGGAGUUGGUCGACUUGCAUUCAAGUUCAGUUCAGCCAAGUUGCUCUCAACUAAUUUUUCUAAAAAGAUUUUCUUCUAAUUUCCUCAAAGCUGAUUGUCUUAUAUUUUCAAAAAGAAUAUGUGAGGAAGAAUCUGUUUGUUUAGAUUCUGAGGUAGAUGAACAUAUUAACUGGUUUCAGCAAGAAUAUAUGAAAACAGAAAAGGACUGGACAGAAAUUGACAAGAGGAUGAACCAGACCUUGGAAGUAAGAAGAAAGAUGAUUGGCAGCAGAACACCUCUGAAGGACAUUCUUAAAAUGUUUCCUUUCUUGAAGUGCCCUUAUCAGAUAUUCAGAGAAUUCCAACUUCUUACAAGAACAGAUAUUUAUAAGAAAACAAGGCACAUUUUGGAAUUCUAUUCAGAAAAAAUACUGACUGCUUUUUCAGUUGUGGACAAUCCAAUCAACAUUGCAUUGCAAGAAAAAAUGAAAGAAAACACAGAUGAAGAUAUGUUGAAGUAUAUGAAGAUGACAGCCACAUGUUUACUCCUCCCAGAUGUUUUCGGGGAUGAUCCCAGCCUUUUUGCAGUUGUGAAUGAGAAGGUUCAAGUGUCCACGCCUGUGUUGGAAGUUAAAAACCCUUUCAGCAUCGACGUCUGUGAGUUUUCUUUAUAUUUAGACAAAGAGAAGCUCACAAAGGUGGAUGACUGCGUGACAGCUGUGGCGGCUCUAGUGGCUACCUUUCAUGUAUUUGGGAUUGAGUGUCCAAGAAGACUGUCCCAAACCCUCAACUUCCUAGAGACAUGGAUCUUUGAUACGCAUAGGCCCUGUUUCCCUUCUUUGAAAAAAAAGGAAAGGGAAGUAGGAUUUCAGCCCCCAGUUACUUAACAGCUAUUAAAUAUUGUAUCAGAAUUUAUCUCUGGAACAAGCUUUAUAAAAAAUUGUUUUGAUUUAGGAUUCUGGUAGAGGUAGUAUUAUAAAAUCAUCUAUAAAAUCAAAGAUAUUAAUGAAUUUAAAUGCCUUCAAUCUUUACACUCAAGAUACUUAAGUUCUUUGUGAAAUUCUGUAAUAAAUACUACUGAAGCAAUUAA